UUAAGUGACCAUGACAGCACCCAAAACAAAUCAACCCACAGGGCAACCGCCAGCACAAUACGGUCAACCAAUAACUGUUCAACCUGGGUCCAUGUUAGUGGGCACAGUUCAAGGUCAUAGGGACUGGAACAGUGGUGUGUUCGGGUGCUUUGAUGAUGUCAAGUUAUGCUUUCUCACGUGGUUUUGCUAUCCAUGCAUGAUGUGCCAUAUAUCUAAGAAACUUGGGGACUGUCCAUUAAUGCCUGUUUGUGUACCCGGAAGUGCGGUAGUAAUGCGAGCUCGUGUCCGCACUCUGGGUGGUAUUCGGGGCACGGUAUGCAACGAUUGCCUAACGACUACGUUCUGCCCAUGUUGCACCGUCUGCCAACUCAAGCGGGAAAUGGACACCAUGGGCAUAUAGGCGGGUCCCACUAGCCAAAAGCGAUUAAGUAACACUAAAAUCUUUCACAAAUAAAACAUUAUUAGCUGAAAAAUAUUGUAUU